AUGCCGCUCCCGGACUGUGCUUGCAAGGUGAUCAAUGGCAAGUCAGGCUAUGUGCGUGACAAUACCAGCUGGGUUAUUGGCCGCAUUGUCCGAGAUUUCGAGGCUUGGGUUGAUAAACCUGUCAAGGACCAUCUGGCUGGCAUGAUUCAAACUCGCCGGGAACAGGAUAAGACCGCCCCAAAGCCUACUCAGGUCGGACUUUGUGUGUCGGUGUACAAAGCCAAACCUGCCAUCAUCGGAUAUCCAGGUUAUGACCGUGUAUAUUGGAUCGGUUUCGCGACUACCAUCAUUCAGCUUGGUAUUGCGGCAAUCCCAUGCGGCCUGUUUGGUGACUGGGGCAUUCUCCUCGUCACCGUUAUCGGAAUCCUCCUCUCAUUUGCUUCUGGUUGGCUUCCACAAUGGAAGGAAGAAAAGUGGGCUUGCCGCAGAAAUUCUGACAAAAAUGUGAUUUUGACCCGUGGAAAUGGAAGUCAACAUGCCAUUGUUAUUCUCGGUGACGGGAAAGGACUUGAUCUCGAAGACCUUGCAGCUGGCCAGACCAAUGUCGAUGUCUCAGCUUCAAACCUCACCAGAAUCAUGGUGACUAUCCUUGCAGCAUUGUGGAUCCUGCUCCUCAUUACCGCUGCUGGUUUGAAGACAAAUACCUGGUUUUUACUUGCCAUUGGUGGCAUCGGCAUUCUACAAAAUAUCUUCGUUGCCGGCUAUAGACGUUCUCCAAAAGCAUACGGUAUGCCCUUGAGCUAUGUCGAAGUCAUCGGCGAGCCCAAGGUGAUGGAUACGCUUUUCGCCGUUGAGGAGAAAUAUCCGCAUAUCGGAGCCAGCAUGAAGGAUACCUUCUUCCCUGGCAAGUUGCGAGCGGACGAAGUUACGAGAUGGGCAAAUCUGGAAACGGCGGCCGAAGCAAAGGACGACGCAGCAAAGAACGCUCGCAACAACGCCAGCCAACAGAACGGAAAAUCUCAACCAAUUCAGAAUAUUUCCCAAGCUGGAGUUGUGCUGUCAACACCAGCGACUUGA